AUGGCACAAUUCAACGCCAACGCGCUCCGGAAUAUCUACCGGCUAGCCAUCCCCGCGGCCGUCGGCGUCAGUCUGGCCAGCCAGUCCAUAUACGAUGUCCGAGGCGGCUCGCGCGCCGUCAUCUUCGACCGACUGUCGGGAGUGAGGGAAGGGGUCAUCAGCGAGGGCACACACUUCCUCGUGCCCUGGCUGCAGAAGAGCAUCAUCUUCGACGUGCGCACCAAACCCCGCAUGAUCGCCACCACGACCGGUUCCAAGGACUUGCAGAUGGUCAGCUUGACCUUGAGGGUGCUGCACAGGCCUGAGGUGCAGGCCCUGCCCAAGAUCUACCAGAACCUCGGCCAAGACUACGACGAGCGAGUGCUCCCCUCGAUCGGAAACGAAGUCCUCAAGUCCAUCGUGGCCCAGUUCGACGCCGCCGAGCUCAUCACGCAGCGCGAGGCCGUCUCGCAGCGCAUCCGCACCGACCUGAUGAAGCGCGCCGCCGAGUUCAACAUCGCCCUCGAGGACGUCUCCAUCACGCACAUGACCUUCGGCAAGGAGUUCACAAAGGCCGUCGAGCAGAAGCAGAUCGCGCAGCAGGACGCCGAGCGGGCGCGCUUCAUUGUCGAGAAGGCAGAGCAGGAGCGGCAGGCCAACGUCAUCCGCGCAGAGGGCGAGGCCGAGAGCGCCGACGCCAUCGCCAAGGCCAUCGCAAAGGUCGGCGACGGCCUCAUCCAGAUCCGGAAGAUCGAGGCCAGCAGGGAGAUCGCGCAGACGCUGGCGAGCAACCCCAACGUGGCGUACCUUCCGGGAGGGAAGCAGGGUACCAACAUCCUGCUGAAUGCCGGGCGGGCGUGA